CGAUCAUUCCGGAUAAUUAUUAUCAGCUCAUCAAUAAUGAUCUAUCCAAAGUAAAAUAAAACGUAUCAAAACUCUAUCCAAAUUUUAAGCUCACACGAUAAUUUUGGUCGAUUCACAUGGAUUAACAGAGGACCUAGCUUGUCGACAGCAAAUUUCAAAGUCAAGAAAGAGGCAACUAUGAAUCUAUGAUCCCUCUGUAUAUCAUGUGGUGGCUAAUCAUGUACAUGAUUAAGAGAGAGAAACCAUAGAAUGGAAUAUGGGGAUAGAAAUGAAGGCAACCCACUAGCCACAAGUUAACUUUCAAAGAACUUGACAAUUUGCUCUUCGGAAAAAAAAAAUGAAUGAAGAUAGACAGAGUGAGAAGCAGUUGGGGAAGAAGAAAACGAGUGGGAUAGGGAUAGUGACCUUAGAUUGGAGGGAUGAGCCAGCCACAAGGAAGAGGAAAGGGACCCAACACUUCAAAAUUGAAGCCAUCGUUUAAGGAAGCCCACAAACAUACACAAAUUUAACCCUACAUCUUGAUUUGAUUUUGACACAACCCCCAUAAUUGGAAGAAUAGGUGUCCACCAUAACCAUCAGAACUAAUCGGGUCAAUUACAAAAAUAGCCACUAAACUUUGAUGUUACUACCAUACAUCGACUUUAUUUCUCGAUUAGCUUGCUACUAAAGUUUGAAAUCACUAAUAUAACUUUCGCCAGUUAGAUAUUCCAUUCGAAUCUUCUAAAUCGAAGUAAUUCACAAAAAAUCAUCAUAAAAGGGACAACACAAUGGAAACAGGAAACAACAUGGUAGUGUUCAGGUAGGGAGAUGUGUUUAGGUUGGUUUCGGGUUAUUAAUUUGAGACUGGAUAAGAUGGAACGUGUGAUCUUGCUGAGUAAUUGUAGACUUUGUGGCCUUUUUUCAUUGUCAAGAAAUGAGAGUUGAGACUCUGACUUGGACAACAUGGAGACCAAGCUAAAUGAGACUGUUCCGCUGGUUAUUUAUUUUAAACUUAAGUGACUGAUUUGUUAGAAUUUAAUUAUUAAGUGAGCGAUUUGUGAUGGCUCCAAUAUUUAGUGACCAUUUCUGUAAUUGACCCCAAAACAUCAUAUGAUGCAACUAGGGACCAUAGUCUUUUAUUAGUGCUUUUGUUGGGUGGUUGUCUAACUUCUAACAUAUGGACCAGGACUACUUACUCCCCACCACCACAAUAGUAGACAUUGGUGCCUACAACACUUCAAUGCACCAUAACAACUUAUAGGAUUCCAUCUCAAGUGAAGACAUUACAAUGAUGUGAUAGUUAAUUGAGUAAAAUAUACUCCAAGUCCAAGAUGAGGCAAGUGAUCAACAAUAAAAUUGUCAUUACCCUUUUAAAAUCUAUUUGUUAGAAUAAAUGAAUGAAUUUAUGAUGAUGUUUGAUUAACCUAAGUGCAGAUUAGUACCACACAACCCCACUCUCGUUGGCCAUAACACUAAAAAGGGUAAGACAAAUUACGCUUGAUCAACUCAAUGACCAGGAAAGAUUGUUACUCAACCAUGUACCAAAUUGAUUACCAAUUCAACAAAUACUAUUUUUUGCAAGGAUAAUCCUUAUUUCGUGCCCGAAAAAACAUUAAAAAUAACUUCCUAAUCACCCGUUGAUCUACAACAUGUCCAACUUUGGAUGAAUUGCCAAUACCUAUAAAUUCCCAUUGUUUUUAUGGUGUUUACCAUAACAACAACAAUAACACAAACAAACAAUAAUAUUUGUGAACUAUUUUCUUAGAGUUCCACCAAGAAGAAGAAGAAACAUCCUACCCUUUCAACAUGAACAACUCUCAGAACGCCAGUUACCAAGCUGGUCAAGCUAAGGGCCAAGUUCAGGAGAAAGCUAGCGGAAUGAUGGAAAAAGCCAGCAAUGCUGCUCAAUCGACUAAGGAAUCUUUACAAGAGGCUGGUGGUCAAAUGCAAGCUAAAGCACAAGGAGCUGCUGAGGCUACCAAGGAUGCCCUUGGAAUGAACAAAUAAAUGAAGAAUGGCAUUUCAAAGUACCCUAUGGCUGAUUAGUAUUCCACAAUGUAAUGAAAUAGUAUUGAAAAUGUUGGGUUAUGUAUACCUUUCAAGAAGAGUGCUCACCAUAUGCUCACAGAUCAACAAGCUUUGAUGGUCAAGAUGUACUUGUCUUUUAUAUCAUAAAAUAUAAUCUAUGUUCGUUUAUAUAUUGUGAAAUUGUACUCUGUUAUCAGAACAUUCAUAUCGAUAGUUUUGGUUUGUCAACGAAUCUUUUUCCAAUCCUAUCAUAACAUUCAUAUCAUUCUCACGUAUAUAUCGAUUAACAUUUUGCGAAAGUAUCAAGACUUACAACUAGUGAAAACACAUGUUUCGUCAAUUUAUUAACCAAGCAGUUGCGGAGCUGCAUAGGACCUCGUGGAGUUCAUGGACACGAAUUGAAGAGAGAAAAAAUUGAAAUUGUGGUUAAAUCAUUUUAUGAACUUGGACAUUUCACCCCAUAAAUUUUAGUAAAUUGACUUAAUAACUUUUUUUUGUUAUGAAUCCAUUUCAAAAUUUGAUAAAGAAAAAGUAUGUGUCAUUGUUACUUCAUUCUUUUGUAUUUUGGAUCAUGAAUCGGACGAAAGGUAUGACUUAUUCUUAUCAUUCAUGUACAAUUCAUAAUUUUUUAUUUAAUGAAUUGCAACUUCACAUGUUUGAAAAUAAUGUGAACUUAAUUUUGAAUAUAAUUUACAAUAAUUUUGUAAUAGACCUUCCCCUAUAAGUAUAUAUAGAUCUUAAUGAAGAACUUGUGGCUAUUGUUCGUGAAAUUGAGUGAAAUCGAGCAAUACCGAUGAAAACACCGCUCAAGUGGUUGAUUAUAUAAAUGUUUUCGAUAUAAUUUUGUUUUAAUUUUGUCAAUAUUGCGUUUUGAAUCAUUAGUCUCACCACUUGAUUGGUUACAGCACAAACUUUCAUAGGCAUUAUCAUUUUUUAUAGUGUUUCACCUACUAUAUUGUUUGUAUUGUAACACGUUGAUAUUCAAACAACAAAAACUUGAUGAAUAAAACUAAUAAAAUUGAUAUACCUCAAGCAUCAUGUCACAUUUGGUUCACUCAAUAAAUUUACUAAAUUCAG